AUGUGGUAUAUAUGUGUGGAUAAACUUCAAAAGAAAUGGAAGCACUUAAGAGAUUAUUACGUAAAAAAAAAAAAACAAGAUAAUACAAGAAGUGGAAGUGCUGCACCUAAGAAACGUAAAAACUCGUACAUUGAAUUGCUGCGAUUCUUGGAUGUGGUGAAAGAGUCUCGGGUCUCAUCGGGGAACAUAAGCGCUCCGGCAGGCGAUAAUGACCAAAAUGAAAAUUCUUGUGAUGAAAUAUCAACUAAUACAAACACUCAACCAAGAAAUGCAAACGCACAAGAAACUGUAACUGAGAAUUUUAUUCCACCUCAAACUGAAGAAGUUUCAAGGACCUCUCAAAGGAAAAAAAAACCUAAAAUGACAGCCUUUCAACAGAGUUUAAUUACAGCAAUGAACAAAAAGCAACAGUCACCUAAAGCAGCCGAAGAAGAUGCCGACACGAAAUUUUUACUUUCUUUACUUCCUCAAAUUAAGAGCCUAAAUGAAAGACAAAAUUGUGAGUUCAGAAUCGAAGUGAUGAAUUUGAUUUACAAAAUCAAAUAUCGUAACUCAUUUAACAUGUCACAUAGUCAAACGUAUUCUUACAACCAUCCUGGCUAUAGUACAUACGAACAAUCACCUACAACAUAUAGCAUACCUACAGGAGAUGUGUCACCGCCGAUGUACCAAGGAUAUACUACGAAUUCAAACAGUGCAAGCUCCUAUUCGACCAUACAGACAGCAGAAUCUAUUGAAACUCAAGUACGUCCAAUCCAAUCAGCUGAAACUGAAACAGCACACUCAAUUGAGGAAAUAGACGAAAUAUUUCAGAAUAGGUCCACUUAA